AUGCAAGUCACUCAGCCCUCUUCACGUACGUCUCAGGCUCAGACAGCCACCGAAGGUCAUGAGCCGUCGACAUCUUCGCUCACAACAACAUCCUUACCACGAGCUCCUGAAACGACAGAUCCUGUAGUGGCAUCACCUCCAGCUACCGAUGAGACAGUUCAGCACUGCGAAACAAGGGCGAUUCGGCAAAUGCGUGUGACGACAGAAAGGAAUGAGCUGACGAUAUGGCUACAACUGGAGGACAUGAUGAAUCGACAGCUCACCACAGAAUUCUCGCACGAUGAGGAUCCGAAUAUGCUCACACAGGAUCUGGUUACGCACGGAUUUAUCUGCGAGUCGGAUGCCGAACGAUUAGGCGCCGUGCUGACAGCCGCGUUGAAGGCGUCAGCAGAUUUGGCACAGUCAACUGGUGAUGAUAUAACGACUGGCUCGUCGAUGUAUGCACUAACGGAAGAAGCUGCUCGUCGUCUGGAUCCACAGGCAGCGCCCUUAGGUGGUGGUGCUGGUGGCUCCGAUGAUGCCCCCGUCCUCGUGAGCCAUCCACCACCCGGUGUGGAGCACGCACGACCCUGCCCCGCCCCUGCUCUCACUCACCUACACUCACAGACACGCACACUUGCUGCAAUGGCGUGGUUACGCUUAGCCGCCUUACUAGCGCUUGCCUCUGCUGUGGCCACUCAACAUGGCACGGUAGGUCGUCCAUGUGAGGUAUCCACUGACUGCGGAACUGGUAACUAUUGUGCUGGCAACAAGCGAUGCGCCUGCCUCACCACAUACGUUGAGAUUGACUCGUACUGUUGGCGAAAGAUCAACCCUGGCGAGUCGGGCUGCACGCAGAACCGGCAAUGUGAAGCUGUAUGGCCUGGCGCAUACUGUCGGUCAGGGGAGUGCCGUUGUGCGAAUAAUCAGCCGCCAUUCAGGACCAGAGAUGGCUUGGUCUGCCUAAAUUAUGGGUUCUGCCCGUUGAACGGUAACAAUCCGAAGUUCCGUAUUGAAAAUCAAGUUCAGCAGUGUUAUGGAGGAGCGGACGCGACGUGCGAGGCUAUCGGAGCUCUCGCCUAUGAUUGUGUUUGUGACUCGGAUGACUGCACCGUGAACAAUCCGAUCAGUUUCUGUUGUCCAAGCAGAGCAUUCGCUUGCAUUCAGCCACCGAACGAGGGUUACACUCCACCGGGAGGUGGUACCACCCUCAAUCAUUGGUAUCACGAUCCGAUCACCGGAGAGUGCCGAGAGCUGAAGUACCAAGGCUACGCUUGCAACCGAGGCCUUCCUCUGUAUCGCGACCGAACGACAGGAGUCAAGCAGGAACCAGUAUAUUGCCAAGGCAACGAUAAUGGUUGUAAUAAUCCGAACUAUCAAUGCACCACAAUGGGUACACUCCAACAGUGUUGCCCAACCUACUUGUUCAUUUGCUCUCGCAACGGUGGUAUACCUACGGAAGUGUACAAUACGGCCGGAGGUCUUCCAACAGAAUACUUCGAUGUAGGAAUUCCUGACGGCACCGGAACCACAUCGCCCAGAUUCUAUUAUGAUUCCAGAGAAGGCAGAUGUAUUCAGUUCUCGUCCUCUGCUUCUGCCGGUGAGCCAUUAAAGGACUCGUCCGGUGAACGAAACAUGGAAUGUUCUCCAACGGGUAGUGGUGCAAACUCGUGUCCAUCCACACAUUCCUGCGAAAGUACUUCAGGAUCGACCACUUUUGGUGGUGUUUGCUGUCCACGUCCGCAGUACGUGUGCAAACUUCCGCGUGAGCAGGGUAAUUGUGGAACGUACUCAAAUCGUUGGUGGUUCAACGCGAAAACCGGUAACUGCGAAGAGUUCAUCUAUUCCGGUUGUCAAGGAAAUGCGAACAAUUUCGAAACGUACAAAGAGUGUCAGGACUACUGCCGUGAUGCCAGAAGUGAACCACAAUGCAUCCAGGGAACAGCUCUUACCGAUUCGAACGGUAACUUCAUUAUUUGCGGUGGUACCACGGCUGCAUCCACCACUUGCCCGGCCAAUCACUACUGUUACUACGAUGGGACCACCUAUGGAUGCUGCCCCACACAAGCUGUCACCCGAUGGUACUACGACUCGACCACAAGAACCUGCCAGACGUACUCGUUCAACGGAUGUGAUGGCAAUUCGAAUAACUUUGCUACACAGCAGGAUUGCAAAGAUUACUGCCGUGUGGAGUCCUGCCCAGAUGGAGGAGAGGUGGGCAGUUUCCAAGGUGUGGAAAGAGCAGAACGGAGCAGCACGUGCAUGUACCACGAAUCGCCAGUGUCCGUCCACCCACUACUGUACGCCGGUGACGACAUGGACAGUGCCAUUGAGAUACGGCUGACUUCGAGGACAGAGACAGCAGGUCUCGUCGCGAAUACGAAAGCGACGCUCCACACCAGGGACACUGUCAGACGGCUGAAGCAGCCAGAACCGUCUACCAGACCAAAUCGCUGUGUUGUCCAUCGAAAAACUUUGUGUGCUCUCAACCACGAGAUGUCGGUGUACGAUGCUCAAGUACACGAAUCACUCGAUGGUAUUUCAAUGCCGAUUCGAAAAGCUGCCAGACAUUCGAGUAUAACGGCUGUGAAGGAAACCGGAACAACUUUGCGUCACAAAAAUCCUGUCAAAACUACUGUCUUGUCUGAGGCAUGUCCUCCUGGAACGGUGGUCGCUAAAGAUGGUGAAGGCAGCCGCUUGGUUCAAUGCAGCAAUCCUGGUGGACAAGGUCGUGUUUCUGGUGGAUGUCCCGAUGGAUACACGUGCUAUUCGUCUCCAUUACUGGAUCAGAGUGUGUGUUGUGGAGCCAGCACGGAACUUCAAUCUCUCUGCCCCACUUCUUCCACGCCGUUCAUCUCAGCGCUGUCUCUUCAACCGAUGCAGUGUACGCCGAAUGUGGAUGGAGCGUGUCCGGGCAACUUCUUCUGCUGGUUCUCCACCACAGCCACUUCAGUCAAUGCGUUCUACUGUUGCCGUUCGCCAGAUAGCGUAGAUACAGGAUGUGAGUCAAGAUUAUUCACAAUCGCAUAUUGA